UAUUUCGUGGUCAAGUUUACAAGCAAUGCGUUACUUAAUUUUGUUGUUUACUUUUGGAAGUCUUAUUAUAAAUAACACAAGCAAACCGAUUAAAACAGCAGAAACUGAAAGUGAGUUAGAUGAUUCUGAAUACGAGGGAGUAGAGAACUCUGGUGCUAACGAUGAUGUACGCGAAGACCAGGUUCAAGAGUACGAGAAAGGUAAUGAAAAGAAGAAUUCGUUUCGCUCAAAAACAGUUGAUAUGGACGAGAAUAAUCCAUCUGAUUAUAAAGUAGACGUCGAAGAAAAGUCUGAUGAGGAAGAAGGAGUCGAUGAAGAAAACGCACCUCAUCGAAGUAAUUCAAAUCAAAAUUUGGGAAAUAAUGAAGAACGUGAGGAUCAUGAGGAUGUGAAACAAGUAGAUCCUAAUACUCGUUCUUAUAAAGACAACAACUUACGAACUGAUGACAAUAUUGGUAAUCAUGCAAGAUCUGAUUCGUCUUUUAAUACAAACGAAUUUGGGGGGUUCGUUUUGGAAAAUAAUCAAAUUAAAGACCAAGAUGAACUUGUUCAUAAUAAUGGCCGUAAAGCGCCAGAACAUUAUCCAGCAUUAAGAAAUUACUACAACAAAGUUAAUAUGUUACGAAAACGGCCGCUUCAUUUUUCUAAUUCAAAUAGAGACAGGCGGCAAAUACCGAACCAAAACAAUGAUUAUAGUGCAACUGAUAGCAACAUAGCAGACAAAAAGGAUCAAUUAGAAAAUAUAAAUGACGAUAGUGAAGCUAUUAAAAGAAAUAUUAAGAAACUCUCAAGAGAAGAUCUUGAAAAUCUACUCAGUUCCCUGUCAGAUGACAAGAAAGUUUUGUUAAAAAAAAUAAUAGACAACAAAUUAGAAAGUGUAAGUAAGAGAGACAUAACAAAAAAAUCUGGAGCUGUUGAGGAGAACAAUGGCUUAGAGAGUUCCAAUUCUAUGGGAUCUAACGCUGGAUCAGUUUCUCCGAGCACUGUGUUAGCGGAUACUACUAAAACGGAAAGUAAUGAAGUUUCUAGUGCAAAGAAUUCUGACAACGAUAACAGUUCCACUAAAUCUGAUUCGAAAGAUGAAAUUAAAGAUAUGAAUGAACUAGUCAAACCGGAGUCAGAAGACCCAGCCGAGCAAACUAAUUCAAACUCAGAAUUAAAAGAAAAUAACCCAGAAGAAGAUGAGUUUUCGAAGAAUGAAAACAAGCGAGAAAUAAAUUCUGAUCAAGACGAUGGACAUGCAGAUAUUACUGAUGCACAGAGAGUUGACUCAAUCAAGGACUUGCCACAAGAUAACGAAGCUACAUGUGUAAAAGACGACUAUUGGUCGGAGCUAUUAAAAGAUGAAUCUCAAUUUCAUAACACAAACAAAAGGGAAACUGACUUAAAAUCGUUAGAAGAGUCAUUUUCUAAUUCUAAUUCGAUACUUUAUAAGGAAAUGCCAUUAGUGAGAGUAAAAAGAACAAAUAGCGCUUUAAAGAGGAAAUCUAAUCACAGUGGCAAUAUGAAAGUGCCAUAUUUUCCCGAAGCAGCAAAUGAUGAAGCUGAUGAAAAUGAAAAAAGUGAAUUUGACGAUAGCGGAAUAUAUGAUCAAUCUUUCAACUAUGAUAAAAUUACAAAAGGCAGAAAUCUACAAGAGCGCAUAGAUGUUGAUAAUGACCACUGUAAUAAUAACAAUUUGAAGUCUUCCAAGUAUAUCAAAAUAAAGCCAAGUAUCGAUCCUGCCAACUUAGGUUCUGAUACAGAUAAUAUUCUGUCUAAUGUUGAAGGUGUCGAUGACAACUCAAUGUAUAAUGGCCGCCUCAGGAACAAACGCACGAAAAACAUUAACGAUGAACGUAAUAUAGAAAAUAAUGAAAUGCCACCAAAUAACGUCGAGACGGUCAAUUCUGAUGAUAAGAACAAUGAUUUGUCAGAUCAGCCAAAUGAUAAAUAUCAAGAGAUUGAUGCAUUUGGGCCCAUAUCUCGUGAUUCAAACGAAGAUGUUUCCCGCUACAAAAGGAUAAGACGCUUGAAACUUUCGGGGUAGUAUUAGUAGUAGGGUUCCCUAUAUAUCCUUUUUGCUAAGCUCUGCGAUUUAGUUGUUUAAUGUUUUUAGUUUGUAUUUUAUGUUUUAGCUCUAUUUAAGUUGAAAUAUAGGUGUUAUAUCUGUA